AUGGGGCUCCCUCGUGGACCUCUCGCGUCUCUCCUCCUCCUCCUCCAGGUUUGCUGGCUGCAAUGCGCGGCCUCCGAGCCGUGCCGGGCGGUCUUCGGGGAGGCUGAAGUGACCUUGGAGGCGGGAGGCGCGGAGCAGAAGCCCAGCCAGGCGCUGGGGAAAGUAUUCAUGGGCUGCCCUGGGCAAGAGCCAGCUCUGUUUAGCACUGUUAAUGACGACUUCACUGUGCAGAAUGGCAAGACAGUCCAGGAAAGAAAGUCACUGAAAGAAAGGAAUCCAUUGAAGAUCUUCCCAUCCAAACGUAUCUUACGAAGACACAAGAGAGAUUGGGUGGUUGCUCCAAUAUCUGUCCCUGAAAAUGGCAAAGGUCCCUUCCCGCAGAGGCUGAAUCAGCUCAAGUCUAAUAAAGAUAGAGACACAAAGAUUUUCUACAGCAUCACGGGGCCGGGGGCAGACAGCCCCCCUGAGGGUGUCUUUGCUGUAGAGAAGGAGACAGGCUGGUUGUUGUUGAAUAAGCCACUGGACCGGGAGGAGAUUGCCAAGUAUGAGCUCUUUGGCCACGCUGUGUCAGAGAAUGGUGCCUCAGUGGAGGAUCCCAUGAACAUCUCCAUCAUCGUGACCGACCAGAAUGACCACAAGCCCAAGUUUACCCAGGACACCUUCCGAGGGAGUGUCUUAGAGGGAGUCCUACCAGGUACUUCUGUGAUGCAGGUGACGGCCACAGAUGAGGAUGAUGCCAUCUACACCUACAAUGGGGUGGUUGCGUACUCCAUCCAUAGCCAAGAACCAAAGGACCCGCACGACCUGAUGUUUACCAUUCACCGGAGCACAGGCACCAUCAGCGUCAUCUCCAGCGGCCUGGACCGGGAAAAAGUCCCUGAGUACACACUGACCAUCCAGGCCACAGACAUGGAUGGGGACGGCUCCACCACCACAGCAGUGGCAGUAGUGGAGAUCCUCGAUGCCAAUGACAAUGCUCCCGUGUUUGACCCCCAGAAGUAUGAAUCCCAUGUGCCUGAGAAUGCAGUGGGCCAGGAGGUGCAGAGGCUGACAGUCACUGAUCUGGAUGCCCCCAACUCACCAGCGUGGCGUGCCACCUACCUCAUCGUGGGCGGUGACGACGGGGACCAUUUUACCAUCGCCACCCACCCUGAGAGCAACCAGGGCAUCCUGACAACCAGGAAGGGUUUGGAUUUUGAGGCCAAAAACCAGCACACCCUAUAUGUUGAAGUGACCAAUGAGACCCCUUUUGUGCUGAAGCUCCCAACCUCCACAGCCACCGUAGUGGUCCACGUGGAGGAUGUAAAUGAGGCACCCGUGUUUGUCCCGCCCUCCAAAGUCGUUGAGGUCCAGGAGGGCAUCCCCACUGGGGAGGCUGUGUGUGUCUACACUGCAAAAGACCCUGACAAGGAGAAUCAAAAGAUCAGCUACCGCAUCCUGAGAGACCCAGCAGGGUGGCUAGCCAUGGACCCAGACAGUGGGCAAGUCACUGUUGCGGGCACCCUAGACCGUGAGGAUGAGCGGUUUGUGAGAAACAACAUCUACGAAGUCAUGGUCUUGGCUGUGGACAAUGGAAGCCCUCCCACCACUGGCACGGGAACCCUCCUGCUAACACUGAUUGAUGUCAACGAUCAUGGCCCAGUCCCUGAGCCCCGUCAGAUCACCAUCUGCAACCAAAGCCCUGUGUCCCAGGUGCUGAACAUCACGGACAAGGACCUGUCCCCCCACACCUCCCCUUUCCAGGCCCAGCUCAUAGACGACUCAGACAUCUACUGGACGGCAGAGGUCAACGAGAAAGAUUCGGGAGAGGAGAGGUUACCGUCUAGCCCACAUGCGUGUGCAUCCUCAGAACCCAGGGAACACUCACACUCCCCAACCCUUGCAGUCCUCCUGCUGGUGCUGCUCUUGUUGGUGAGAAAGAAGCGGAAGGUCAAGGAGCCCCUCCUACUCCCAGAAGAUGACACCCGUGACAACGUCUUCUACUAUGGCGAAGAGGGGGGUGGCGAAGAGGACCAGGACUAUGACAUCACCCAGCUCCACCGAGGUCUGGAGGCCAGGCCGGAGGUGGUUCUCCGCAAUGACGUGGCGCCAACCUUCAUCCCCACACCCAUGUACCGUCCUCGGCCAGCCAACCCAGAUGAAAUCGGCAACUUUAUAAUCGAGAACCUGAAGGCAGCUAACACGGACCCCACCGCCCCGCCCUACGACUCCCUUUUGGUGUUCGACUAUGAGGGCAGCGGCUCUGACGCCGCGUCCCUGAGCUCCCUCACCUCCUCCGCCUCUGACCAGGACCAAGAUUACGACUAUCUGAACGAGUGGGGCAGCCGCUUCAAGAAGCUGGCAGACAUGUACGGUGGCGGGGAGGACGACUAG